GCCUGAUUUCCACGCUGUGAGUGAGAAGUAGAGGCGGCAUGUCCCUGAGAGUGAGCGGAGGGUGUGUGCCGGGAGCCGCGCUCUGCUGACUGCCAUGGCGAAGCUCCGGGUGGCUUAUGAAUACUCCGAAGCCGAGGACAAGAGCAUCCGCCUGGGCUUAUUCCUCAUCAUCUCCGCGGUGGUCUCCCUCUUCAUCCUGGGCUUCUGCUGGCUGAACCCGGCGCUGCAGGACCUCCAGGGCAAGACGGCCAACUGCACGGUGCUGUCGGUGCAGCAGAUCGGGGAGACGUUCGAGUGCACGUUCACCUGCGGGAGUGACUGUAAGGGCACGUCCCUGUACCCGUGCCUGCAGAUCUACGUCAACAACUCCGAGUCCAACUCCCGGGCGCUGCUCCACGAGGACGAGCAGCAGCUCAUCAGCAACCCCAAGUGUUCGUACAUUCCUCAUUGUGAGCGAGAAAACCAGAAAAAUUCGGAGAAUGUUCUACAGUGGGAGAAGUAUUGGAACAAGGAGAUUGGGUUCCAGCCCUUUACCUGCUAUUUUAACCAGCAUAGAAGGCCAGAAGAUGUCCUGCUAAAACGGACCCACGAUGAGAAUGUUCUUCUGCACUGUUUCUUGUGGCCACUAGUCACCUUCAUGGUGGGUGUACUGAUUGUGCUUCUCACCAUUUGCGCAAGAAGUCUGGCUGUAAAGGCAGAGGCUAUACAGAAGAGAAAAUUUUCAUAGAGUUUAAAGAUGGAAGCUUCAGUUCAAACCAAAACCCCAAAUACCUAUAGUCCUCUUGUUGCCUCUUCAUCACUAUUUUUCUGAACUUGAUCAUUGAUGAUUCGCAGAACAUGGAAUAUUUUCUCAGCCGUCUUCUAGAUUACUGCUCCCUGUGGGAAGAAUGCCCAGAAAUGCUGAGGACAAAGGCAGAUAUAUACGGAGAAAAGUAAUGACUUGUACUUAGCCAAGUGUAAAGUGAAGCAGUCCAAAAGUUUCAUUUCACCUUUGCGAUAAAAUAUUUUUUAUUUGGUAUGUAAAAUAUCAAAAGAGUUCAGUUUAUUUUGUAUCAUGUACUUCUAAAAUAUUAAAGUGUGCUUUUUUUUAUGUCCUAGCACAGAAUUUUUAUAGGCUUGAUUUUUUUCUUUUUUUUUUCUUUCUCCUUCCCUCAGUUUCAUCUGCUUUUACAGGUCGGAGAUGACUACACAAAUGUCUUUAUAAAAUCUCUCUUGUCCUUGUAGUGACAAUCAGGCAUAUUUCUCUAUAAUGUAUACUUUAUAUUUAGAAACACAUGCAGUUCUUUUCAUUUUCUGAUUAGCCGAUUAAAUACCUACAGAAGUUA